UUGUCAAAAUCGUAUGCAAAUUACAAGAGAAAUGGGAAGAUAAGUUUUGUUUGGAGAUUUGUAGUGAAAUUAUUUAGGUAUAACUUUUUCAGCCAAAUUGGCUAUAUUCUUUAGGAACGUAUUAGGAAAUUCAAUGAAAAAGAUUUUUUGUAUUGUUAUUUUACGAAAUGCUAUGAAAAGUGUUGAGGCUCUAGGCCACCUUCACAAUGGUUCUAAACGCAGCUGUACAAAUCCUGAGGGAAGCUGAUGAGCUUAAAGAGAAGGUUUUGAAAUUUAAAAAUGGCACAUCAAUGUUACAGGAUCGUAACAUUUGGACAACUCAGCAGGAAUUGCAGCAGGCUUAUCAAAAAGUAUUGAAGUUGGAUUUAGUUUAUGCAUUGGAAAAGAAAGUGGAGCAAGAUCUCUGGAAUACUGGUUUUAAACUUCAAAUUGAGUCUCUACAGUCUAUAUCAAAAGAUAGAAAGAAUGCAUUGCGAAGUGAAGCUCAGUCUAUGUUGAGCUGGAUUCUACAGGCAGCUGCUGGCUUUUAUCUCUGCUUGCUACACCAAAUAUGUACCACCUACAAGCUCGAUUUACCAUUCAGGCGUCGGGCAUCCCUCGUGGGUGCGGUAGAAGGAUGGGAAGGCAGCGGUGCGGUGGUGACAGACGGACGGGCGGGCGCUGCGGCCGCGAGGUACGCCUGCCAGCACUGCCUGGUGCACCUGGGAGACCUGGCGCGCUACCGGCACCAGCUGCGAGUGGCUCACACCUUCUACAGACACGCCCUCACCGUCUCCGCGCACUCGGGCCAGCCAUAUAACCAGCUGGCUCUUGUGGCGUGGCGUCGCGCUCGUCGACUGGCGGCGGUGUACUGGCACGUGCGCUCGCUGAUGGUGCGGGCGCCCUUCCCCCCCGCACCCGCCAACCUCGCGCGGACCCUUGCCGCUGCUGCCAACCGUGAUACAAAGGAGAUGACAGCACUGCCGGUGCUGAGUGGGGUGGAGCAGAGUGAAAGCAAGCCAGCCAGUGUCACCAAGACCAGGCUUGACUCCCAUACUUAUGUCAACGAGCUACUGAGACUGCUGAACUACCUGCACACAUUAGAACACUUGGACACAGCAGCCGAGCUGGUGACCACAUUGACCUCAUCACUCUCCCUCCUCGUCGCUACGGACAGCUUCGAUACACUCACUCUUAACAAGAUGGCGUGCGUCAUAAUAUGGAUAGUACACUCGAGUACAGAGGACUUGUCGGUGGAGCCUCGCGCACUGAGCGACUGCGAGCGACGGGCGGCCGAGCUUGCGGCGUCACUUGCGGCCGCGACUGUACUCGCCGUGUUACUGCCGGCCUACUUGUGCGACGAACUGCCGCAGAGAGCGUUGCCCACUCUGAAGGUGUAUCUCCAGUGGCUGACGUGUAACAGUAAAGUGAUCACUUCGGAAGCAUGGCGCAGUCGGCCGCAAGUGUGGUCGGCGUUCGCAUACACGUUCAACAAGCUGGUGCCCGUUGCCGCUCUGCUGCAGGCAGAAAAAUAUGAUACCGUACCACUGCCUGAAGAUGAGGAGUUGAAUGGAUUUCUGCCUCUCGAGGGAGCUCUCAAAGGGCUGAGGUUCUCUAACCAGACAACCUGGGACCUGGAUCUGCCUGACAUAGAGCCUGGUGAUGGAGAUUCUGGCACGUACGCUAGUAGCUCGAGUCUGGUGGGCGAGCCGGAGAUAGAACAGCGGGUGCGUGCGCGACGCAUCCUGGCGCUCGCCAAGCUGCUCGCCGAUCAGCACGCCGAACAUAUUACUUAUACCGAGAGUGAGGAGACGCUUAUGUUCACGGCGCGAGAGAUGGGCGGUGAUGAGCUGAACCAGGCGCUGCAGAGCCUGUCGCUGAGCACCGAGUCGGUACCGGAGGCUGACGGCGAUGAUGAUAUGACGCGCCAGCUGCCGCCACCGCCCAUCAUCAUAUCAGAGGCCGAUUUUAGAGAAAAAGUUCGCGAGAAACGUGUGGGGAUCUUAAAGCCACAAGGGUCUUUGGAGCGGGCUCGAGAGGAACGUGCCCAAGCCACCACUGUCAUCAAUGAGCAGCAGGAAGUUCCGCCACCGGCCGUGGAGGUAUGUGGUGGCGCUAGUGACGCGGGGCGCGAAGCACGCAAGCCGCGUGUCAACAUCGCGAUGGCGGCCAUCAUGCGGAAACAGGAGGAGAUCAAUAAACAGGUUAAGUUCGUGACGCCACCGCCCACACCAGACCCUACGGUUGAUCCAGUCGAGGAUGAUAAGUCUAAGGUGGUACAAGCGAAACCUGUCAAAUCACUAGCCAAUUUGCCGAUUGGGAGGAAAACGGGUGGUAUCCUGUCGCUCAAAGACAAGUCUGCCGGAUAUCCGCACCUCGUCAACGCUGAGCCCGAAAAGAAACUGGAAAAAGAUGACAAAAAAGACAAGACCAAUCAGACAACCCAGGUGCACGCCAAGCGACAAGAUCAGCCGACAAAUUGGAACGUGUCUGCGGAACAUUACGACGCACAGCGAAUGUAUCAGAAGAAUUACGGCAUUCAGAACACUGGUAUAAGCUAUAAUCCUACCUAUCAGACUCCGAACAACCAGGGGAUCAGGCUGCCCGUCGUUAACCCCAAAGAGAUUGAUGUCAGAACUGCUGCGCUCCAGAAACAGAACUCCAGACAGGAGAUGUUCCCCGAAGGUCACAAGUUCACCAACCAGAAUUAUAUAUCCGGAGAUAAAAAGAACUUCCUUAACGACCUGCCUCCACGAUUCGCAAACCAAUACCGCUACUGGCAAGCCGCGCAAGAGAGCCAGAAUGAUAAUCAGUUCAGAGAUGACUCCAAAACUUUGUUGCAGCCCAGGCAGAAUUGGCCUGAGAAUAACAUCCAGCAGAUGUCGUGGUGGAAACCUGAGACACAGAAUUAUAACACAAAAUUCAGUCAGCCUAUGAAUGUGCCAAACUUUUACAAUCCACCACCUACUACUAAUACUUACCCGAUAUUCAACCAAGUGCCUGGGCAAGGUGUAAACUUGGCGCAGAACAAAACAGAAAAUGUUGCCCAAAAUUACCCUCAGCCAAACAUUGGCCAGGUGCCAAAUAUCCAGAACCUCGUGAAUUCUUCACAUUUCGGUAACACUCUGACCAACUUUGGCAGUUUCAACCCUUCAGUGAGCUAUGACUCCACUAUGUACCCACAGUUCAACAAGUUCGGCUUCCAACCACUACAAAUGAAGUCCAACUUGGUGAACACCAAGGACCCGAGUGUUGGACUUGCCUUUGGGCCAAACUUGAUGGAUGUGCAGCAACGAAGCGUGAAUUUCGGCGAACCAUUCAAUCCAGAGGUUGGCGCAAUGAAGACUUUAGAUUCUAUAGGGAGCCGCGUUGGGUGCGUGGGCCAGCCGGCGCAGGGCGACGCCCACUCCUACUCUCUGUUCAGCGGAGCGCCGGAGCGUGCGCCCCCGCGUCUAGCCGACCACGCGCUGACUCAGCAGUCCCUGUGGUCGGGCCCCGCGUCGCCUCUAGAGCGACUUCUCGAACAACAGAAGCAAGCCAAGCAGUCAUCUCCGCCGCCCGCACCGACCGCGCCGCACUGACACACACUCCGCGGUAAUAAUCGUGACUUGGAAUGUGCGUUUCGAAAUUACGUACCGAGCACACUCACGUGUGAAAUAAUUUUUUAUCUGUAUAUUCUCAUGCAUAUAUGAAUAAAAUCGUGUAAAAAAACUUAACCAUUUGAUUUGUUAGACACACAGUUGUAGGUUAUGUUUGGUUUUUGAUUGAUUAUUUAUCAAUAUUUAUAUAAAAAAUAUACGGAUUGUUUUUUUUUAUUGUGAGCUUGUGGUGUGAAAUUUUUUGUGGUUGACAAUAUACAAUAUGAUAUAUUACAUUUGUGAGUUGCUCGGGCGCAUACAGUCUAACUUAGGGCACGCAAUGUAAACAAAUUCGUAGAUAAAUAUUUAUAGUUUAAUUUUCAACUUUUUGUUUCAUGACUUUUACUCAUGUCUUGUCGAAAUAGACACAAAAAUGUACUUUCGCUGCAGUCCGAAUUAAUUUAUGACCUAAUUUUGUUGUUAUUUCUAAACAUAUUUUCAUAUCUCCCGCCUAGCGCACUUUGUAUAUGUACGAAAAUGGAUUGGAAAUGUAAAGGAAUUGAAAUUAUUGUAAAUAAAACUCGUACGUUUUACUGUGUGCCAAUUAUUAAUGAAUAGUCGCUGUUUUAGUCUAAAUACAGGAAUAUUUAUAAUGUCAACAUAGGCUGUAUAACUUUAUAACGAUCAUUUGGCAUUUCUAUACUAUAUAAUAUGAUUUAAAUAUUAUGUCGACUAUUUCUUUAACGUUCAGUUUUAAUAGAUAACAAUUUUGUCAGAAUAAUCACAAAUAAUUAUUGUAUUUUUAAAUCGGUUUCAUAUUUUUCAGCCUGUGCAACCGUUCAUUACUAAACUAUUCUUACUGUAAACCAUGAAAAGCAUUUUGAUACAAUUAUUAUUAUGCCAAUGAAUUAUUUAUUAGUUUCAAUAUUUCGCUAGUUGUAAUUUUUGUGUUCGCAGGCUGAUAAAUUAGAUUAUUGUUUGUGAUGUAUUUGAAAUGUGAUUUGGGGGGAUAUAUUAUUUUGUAUUAAAAUCGUUUCUGUUG